AUGCAAAAUUGCACAAUUUUAGUACACAAGAACAAAGGAAGUACCCCACUUCUAUUGGUGGUGUGUGUGUGUAAAGUAUGAUAAUUAAGAAAGAGAAUCUGUAUAUAGAUAAUCGUGCUCAGUAGUAAGUUCCUUAUAAUUGUAUUUAUAUUAUACAAUGUAAUACAUAGUUGAAAAAAAACAGAUAAUACAAGUUUGUUUUAUCUGUUAACCCUAUCAAGAGUUGGGGAUGGCAUCUUAGAUUUUUUUGCGGAGAGGGAAGAGGCAUGCACAUGAACCCUAGCAGGAGAUGCCUUCGGCACGCCUUACUCAUCCCCCUUCAUAUCAGACCCCUCCCCUUUCCUAAAAGCUGGAUCCGCCCCUGAUUUUAUCAACAAUCGGAACUUCAGGGCCCAAUUUCUUGGCUCUGCUUUGUACCGUUACCGAAAAAUCCCUGCUCACUACAGCAGAAAAUUCCGUGCUUACAGUAAGCGUAUUUCAUGCGUUAGCAAGGAAUUUUUACUUCUGCGCAUGCAUACAUCCCGUAACUAAGGGGACACCGGGCUUACGGGUUAGCACAUAAUUUUUUCUUCUAGCUCGAUUAGCUCAAAAUGUGUGGUCGUAAGCGCGGAAUUCUGUGGUUAGCAGAGCCAUGGAAUUACCGCUAAAAGGCUCUUAACAAAAAUCUUUUACGGUAUAAAAUAUUUUUGUUCAACCAAAUUCUCCGCAAAUGAAGUACUGAUGGUAAAACGAUAUGUAUCGGUUUUCUUAAAUUAAGUAAGAACAGGCAACAUUUGAUUUGAUUCCAAGAAUGUAUAGCAGUUCGACACUUGACUUGUUUUCAAACCUCAAGCGAAUGUUCGAGUGGUUUUGAAAAAAAUGAAGACAUGUUAUGGAACUAUUAAAAUGAAUAUGACACUGUACUUGUAUUUAUUUAUCAAGUUCGAAGAAGUUUUAAACAUUUAUAGUUUUGGGUCUCUAUGGUAAAACUGGUAGUGCGCCACCGCGGUACAUGCACCACCCCCACGUAAUGGGAAUAAAUCACGAAUCAACUUGGCCAAAACUUGACGCGUGCAAGAAUCUUCAAUGAUCAAAGAUUUUAGAGGAGAAUGAAGAUUUUGUUUAAUAACUCGUUUCAUCAAAAGUCACCAAUUUAACUCGGAGUUUCAAAGGCCGUGCUUUGGGACCUCCCACUUUUUAUGGGACAAGCUCCUCCCUCCUUAAUCCGGUACCGAGUAAGGCAGUGCCUGUUGAUGUGAAGCAACGGAUGUGACUCACACGGUAUAAUAUCCCGGGAAAUGUUGAUACUAUUGAAGUACUUGGAAUAAACAUAGGUAUGGUUCCACGAAAAGAAAAUGGUCAUAACCAUAUAUCCUAUUUGCACUUGUACGCGAUCGUACACAAUUGUGGGACGUGGGUGUUUUAUUCUGCAUCGGAUGGUUUGGAGUCAAGAUAAACAUACUUCUAUUAGAGGUGCACAGAAGCAGGAUGAAAGCCAGGAGGAUUUCCCUGCAUCCAUGAACGGAAAUGCUUUGCAGGGGGAAAGCAAUGAGGACAAUGAAUUGGUCAUGGGUGGCGAGGCUGAUGGCGAUGAUGAGGCUAAUGAGGAAGACGGGGAUGAUGGGGAUGACGAUGAUGAUGAUGAGGAAGACGACGACGAUGGGGAUGAUGAUGAUGAUGAUGAUGGGAGUAUAUCAAUUGAGGUAGACGGUGGCGGAGAUAACGAACAAAGACCAGGUGGAACGAUUACGGUACGGCCAACCAAACCGGGCAAAACUGCUAUUUCCCCAGGUGGCGAGGACGAUGGAGACGAAGGCGACAGCGGUGAAGGCACCGGGGGUCCCCCAUGUCUACCCAAGCCCCCGCAAAAUGGCUGUCUAAAUCGGCACACUGACAAUUGUUUCCUGAAUGGCCGCUUGAUCGACGUCCCGCAAAUCCCGCCAGUGACCGAGGAGAUUCCUUUCAUAACGGCCACCACACUGUCCGUGGGUGAGCAGAUCACCCUUGCUCUUGGGGUCUUUGGGAUCAUUGCCAUUACGGGCGGUGUUGGACUGUGGGCCUACAGGUCAUUGGCGAGUACUCAGCGAGCUGCCCAUGUCGCUCAUAGGAGAGGAGGGGACGGGCUCGCCAUGGCAGCAGGGGAAGGCACAGAGGAUUUACUCAGGGCAGAGACACCGGCUAGUUCCAUGACAACAGUCGAAACUACAAUUUAAUGAAAUGUUUUUGAUGUAACUGACAUUAAAAUACGUGGACGGUUUUAUCGCGCGUGUGUGCUCUCCGCCCGCCUUUAUGGGUCCGAAACCUGAACACUACGCAAGAAAGAGCAAGAACGAUUUCAAGCUCAGUUCCACAUGCAGUGUCGUCGUCGCAUACUUGGAAUCCGAUGGGUUCGGACUUCAUUUCCAACGCAAUCAUCCAGCAGCUUACUGGGCUUGGUAGCAUUCUGUCUGAGAUCUCAGGGAGGCGACACACCCUUUUUGGUCAUGUUCGGCGCCUCCAAGCUCCUGCCCCUGCUUGUCUUGCCCUGGAUGCUGAUGUCCAGUUCCACCUUGGCAACGGCCUGCCACCUGGACCAGGCCUCGUGGUCAUCCCGGCUUACUUAGCUUAAGAAGGUUGCGGAUGCUGUGCAGCUGUCUCUUGCCCAUGACCGCGGAAGUUGGAGGUCACUAUAUACGAACCACCAGUGGCGCACCCAAGGUGCGGCCAAACAUUUUGCGCAAACUUUUUGAUGAAUUUUAACUUUUAAACAAUUUGAAAAAAAAUAACAAAUUGUGACCCCCCUCCCAAAGCCAAGUCUUGGGUGCGCCACUGCGACCCACUGAUGGUCAAGUGCAGCAGUAGUAGUACCCUGUGCUGCACAAGUGUACUACCUCAAUGGUGAAAACUAAGUUCCCUGACCUGAAGGUCUCCAUGCUGUAUAUUAACAAAUCAGUCAUACGUCAAGUAGCCGUGUCAUUUAGAAAUAGGACAUGACGCAGCAAUGUCAGAAAAGCUUUUCCAUUGUUCAAGUGGAUGAUUGAGGUAUUAUAAGAUGGAAUUUUGCGUCG